AAAUGUAAAGCACUUGGUGCUGUGCGACAUUCUUUGUUGUCGCCUUGCGAACAGCUUUCUCACUUCAAGCAGCUCAAUCCCAAACCUAUUCCCGUGCAGAGUGGGAAUCAGGAGGAAAAUGGCACAGAAACAUCGGGAUGAGAGGAGGAAUAUGAAACCGUAAUGCAGAAUUGGAGUAAAUACAGAUGUAAUGUUAAAAUGGCUCGAACCGUUCGUCUUCUCUCAGAUGGCAAACUUCUCUCUAUCUCAGCCCUGUGCGUCUCUGCGCUGUGCUGUCAGCAGUGAGUUACCAGCUGGUGGUGCAUGUGCUCCCCGGCAAAUCUGCUCUGCACUCAGAGCAGCAGCACUUACCAGUCAGGACGCGCGGACCCCACAGUGACUAUUCUGCCCCUUGUUUUUUGUGCGUUAACAGUAGGAGUGGGUGGCAUGAACCGCAGGACCAGGCAAUGAAUAACACAACCGGCUUGGUAGGAGCUGGCAGCCGGGAGGAGUUGCCGGCGCACCGAGCUUUAACGGGCUGCGUCCUGGCGCUGCUCAUCGUUUGGACGCUUUUAGGCAACUUCACGGUUUGCGCGGCCGUUUGUCGCUACCGUCACCUGCGCGCAAAAGUAACCAACAUCUUCAUCGUGUCCCUGGCUCUGUCGGACCUCCUGGUCGCCGUGCUGGUGAUGCCGUGGAAGGCCGUGGCUGAGGUGGCCGGUUUCUGGCCGUUCGGUGGGUUCUGUAAGACCUGGCUGGCCUGCGACAUCAUGUGCUCCACCGCCUCCAUCCUCAACCUGUGCGUCAUUAGUGUGGAUAGAUACUGGGCCAUCUCCAGUCCCUUCCGCUACGAGAGGAGCAUGAACAAGAAAGUGGCCUCUGUUAUGAUCGGCGUGACCUGGACGGUGUCCGUGGUCAUUUCCUUCGUCCCCGUGCAGCUGAACUGGCACAGGGCUGAGUAUCGGAGCGUCGACGGGAGCUGCGACUCCAGCCUCAGCCGAACGUACGCCAUCUCCUCCUCCCUCAUCAGCUUCUACAUCCCCGUGGCUAUCAUGAUUGUCACAUACACCCGCAUCUACCGGAUAGCCCAGAUGCAGAUCCGGAUGAUAUCCUCCCUGGAGCGCGCGGCUGAGCACGCGCAGAUCGGUGCCAACUCAUACCAGUCUCAUAUCAGUCUACACUCAGAUUCUGAGCGCUCCUCCCAGUCACACCGGGAGCUCAGAGUCUCCAUCAGGAAGGAGACAAAAGUCCUGAAAACUCUGAGCAUCAUCAUGGGUGUGUUUGUCUGCUGCUGGUUGCCGUUCUUCAUCCUGAACUGCGCUCUGCCCUUUUGCCCCGGACCAGGAGCCCCGGGUGCCCAGCGAGGGCCUUACUGCGUCAGCGAAAAAACCUUUGAUGUCUUCGUGUGGAUCGGUUGGAGCAAUUCAUCCCUCAACCCGGUCAUCUACGCGUUUAACGCGGACUUUAGAGACGCCUUCCUGCGCCUGCUGCGCUGCCGGGGACGGGACUGCUGGGCCGCGGUGAGCGCAGCGGUGGAAACGGUGAUGGCGAGCAACGAGGCCGGGAACCUGAAGCAGGAGAGCCCGCUGAGCGCGAAGCUGGGCGUCUCCUGUCCCACGAACGCCAGGGGCAGCGAGGACAGCGGGAACACCACGGUGACUGUGUGUUAUCACAGGGGGGCAACCUCGCAGCAGGUGACGGACACUGAGGAAAGUAACGACAAGGACAGACUGACGCAGAUUCCGAUUUAAGGGGCACGGUUUAGGAUGUCCACGUGAGGGGUCACGGAGCAGGUCAAACAUGCAAAGAAGGUGGACACAGCCAAUCCCAGGUGUGGUUAGGCAAACAAGGCAUAGGCUAUAUGGACAAAAGGGACAUCUCCACCUUAGGUCUCCUGAUACAAAUCAAUCACUUAUUAUCCAUAUUUUUCAGUGCAUAUGAAAAAAAAACAUAAUGUCCUUUUCUUCUUGCUUGAGAACAUGUGUUUUUAUGAGUCAUAAUUUGGGAUAGUUGUAGGUGGAGCUGUUACUUAUAGCUUUAUUUUUUACCCAACAAAGGUUUUGCAGGGUUGAAAUGUACAUCAUAAAAUUUACUGGGAGUUUGAAAAUUUCUGCGUGAGGACUGCUUCUCCUUCUCCUCAGCAGGGUGGAGGUGGAUAAAUAAAGUGAGGCCCUACAGCAAGAUUAAGAUAGGAGAGUUGUUGAGUAGGUUUUAUAAUCAUUUCUCAGUUGCUUAGGUUAAAUCAAGCAGAAAAAAAGGCUCAAAGGGAAAAGGGCACUUUCAUUUUCCUGUAAAAACCCAGAGUAAGGCAGGCGCCUGUUUAUAGUCAAAGUCUUCAAAUAAGCUGGGGCAGGUGCAAUCAUCGUUUAUAGUUUUCUCACUCUCAGUGUUAGAUUAGAAUAGAUGUUGUACAUGGAUGAUAUAAACACCUUUAAUUCACAUCGCUGAAGUAAUUUCAAGCAAAUUCUCAGAUGAAAUCUAACAGCAAACAAGUGAAAUGAUCUCGCUUUCACUUGAUAAACCACUGUAUUUAGAUCUGCCGGUGAGGACGGGGGUUUUGCAGUGUGGCCAUUCGAGGCCAAACAGUCGGCUUUGCUCUCUCCGCGAUGGGGGAGAGAGAGAGAGUUACCAGAGGUCAGGAUUUCUCUGACUCUCUAGAAAUGGGAUUAUGUAAGUAACUCACAUUAGCACCCGUCAGCUGUGCAUCGUGGUGAAUGCAGUGUGCACUCUGUCCCCCCCCCCCCCCAUCUCCUGAAAGAAACAAACAUGAAUAAUUUGUAAAGGUUGUUCCUGUGAAAGAUGCCCUGACCGGUGAAAACAUACAAGCUUUUACGAUGACAACCCUCAAAAACACAAGAUGUGAUUACUGUCCAUGCAGUGAGGUUGAUGCAGGAGUAAGGCCUCGUAUCCUGCUCUGUGCUGAACUACAGAUUAGCAUUUGUUCAUUUUUGUUUCAUGAGACUUCCUUGUUAGAGUUAAAUAUGAAAGCGUUUGCUAUAACCUCAAGGAGCCACAAGCCUUAAUGGAUCCAACAAGAAUUCUGAUCCCAUCCUGAGCCACAAAUAUUUUGCUGAUGGUUGUGAUUACAUUACUAUUACAAGAUUGAAAGAAAUAGUUCUUUUGGAAGAGACACGUAUUACAGUUAUCUUACCCUAAUUAUUUCGUCAUCUCAACAUGACCCAGCUUGUUUUCUUGUAAUAAUGGUUUAAUGUAUGUUGUUAUCUCGAGAAAACAAAAGGCUGAUUUCUUCAGAUUAUGAGGUGAAUCAUCAAGAUCAUGAGAUAAUUAUGAAAAACUUGAAAAUCAGUGUCUGGAUUAUUUGAUUACACCUGAUUUCAGUCCUCAAAUUCACUAUCAUGAUUGUCAGGAAGAUUAAAUACAGUACACUUACUUGCUUUCAUGCUUAGAGCUAAUUUCAGAUUAGGUGUGCUGCAGGACUAUUUCUUGGGUCCACUUGUCAAGCAACCAGCAAAUACUCCAGGAAAUUAUAGUUUUUACACCAUGGUUUUUGUUCCAAUUAAAUGAGCCAGAUAAAAUGUGUUAAUGAACAAACUUUAGUGUUGCUUUAGUGGUAUUUUGCUACCUUUGGACAGAGCCAGACUAGCUGCAGACAGAUUUUCACAUCUCUUGGCAAGAAAGCAAAUAAUUGUAUUUCCCAAAAUGUCAAACUGUUCCUUUGAAUUACACAUAUUAUGGAUCAGUGCAACAGCUAAUUGUUUCACUGAAUACAUAUACAGUUAACACAUAAUAAUAUGUAUUAGGCACCAGUGAUAACGUGUUAUACAUAUCGGUGUUUCUGAUUAUGCAGGAGUGAGAAGACACAGAGAUGGCACAGUAUACCUACUGUAUAAUUGUCUCCAGAUGGGAAGUGUGUGUGUGUGCAGCCUUAUGGUGUUCGUUGUGUAAUGGGCUUGCAACCUACAUAGGAGCAUCUGUCAGCUGUAGGCGUCUCCAACUGUAUGUAAGAAUAGUCACCAUACCAAAGAGGAUUAAUAAAACAG